UGGAAAAAGUAAUAGGAGUGUCUGACCUGAUGCAGGUGAUUUCGCGCCGCAUAAGUUUUGCUUUCCGUACAGUAGAAAUUCGUUACGGAUUUUCCAAAGUCUAUUUUUAGCCACACGGAUAUGACACGAUCUGUCUUGCUCAUUUUGUUAAAACUCGUAUUAAAGACGACUGACAGUGAGGGGAAUCAAGAAUAUUGUACGAAAGACAAUUGUGAAGCUGACACUGGAAAUACAGUGAUAAUGUCGCGAGUGAUAGAAAGCAUAGUAGAAAGCCGGGAACAGGAUGAGGGUAUGGGGGCAAGGGUACGGAGAAGUAUUGGGAAUAUGCAACUUAGAAACCUGGAUCCAUUUCUUUUGUUGGAUGAAUUUAAAGUGAAGAAACCAGCAGGAUUUCCAGAUCACCCUCAUAGGGGAUUUGAAACAGUUACUUAUAUGAUUGAAGGAUCUUUUAGACAUGAAGACUUUUGUGGACAUAAAGGUGUCAUAAAUCCAGGGGACUUACAGUGGAUGACAGCUGGGCGUGGUAUAUUGCACUGUGAGAUGCCAGAGGGUGAUGGUCUUGCACAUGGGCUCCAGCUCUGGGUUAACCUUUCCAAGGAAAACAAAAUGACUAAACCAGCAUAUCAAGAAUUGCUUGAUAAAGACAUACCCAGAACAACACAGAACGGUGUUACAGUAAAGGUCAUUGCUGGUGAAUCCUUGGGAAUCAAGUCCCCGGUAAAAACAAGAACGCCUACAAUGUACUUGGAUUUCAAGCUUGAUAAAGGAGCGAGUCUCAACCAAGCAGUUCCCGAGGGUUGGAAAGGAUUUGUAUAUGUACUCUCCGGAUCUGCACUUUUCGGACCCAGUGAUAAAGCUAAAAAGGGACCUGCUCACCACACUCUUGUUUUAGGGCCAGGAAGCUUCCUUGAAGUGUUGAAUAAUGGCGAAGAGACUUGCCACUUUGUGUUGAUAGCUGGUCAACCUCUGAAUGAACCGAUUGUGCAAUAUGGACCGUUUGUAAUGAAUGAACAAAGUGAGAUUCAAGAAGCUAUAAAUGACUAUCGGUCAGGGAGGAAUGGAUUUGAAAACGCUCGAAAUUGGCAAUCUAGUGCAGUGAAAGGAUAGCUUUUUAGAAACAUUUUACAAUGAAACUUGCUGCGACUUUUAUGGAAAAGAAAGAUCUGAUAUUUUAUUUGAGCCAGUUUCUCCAUGAAGAACCUUUAUUAAAAUUAUAUAUUUAUUUUGACAUAUCAUGUAUGUUGAGUUGAAAGAAUGUUGCACACUAUCAAUGACAGGUUGUUAAUAUAACCAUGCUACAUUAAGAUCGGCUUUUAUACAUGUAACAUAUCCGUGAAGUUAUAAUGGAGCCUGAAACGUCAAUGUUUUCCACAUUGACGUUUAAAUUCCAUAUUGGGUAUGUGGCGUCAUUUAUUACGCCAGUUAAGUGUUGUCGCGUUAAAUCUUUUUCUAACCACGACAUUUUAGUCAUUGACCAAAGUUAGUACCUUUAAUAAAAAUAUUAUUAGGUUAUGCAUUUUUAUCAAGAGAUAUGCACUCUUUUUUGCAGAAUGAUAUAGUAUUUCCGCUGCAGAGUUCAUGCACAUUUCUCGAUACUAAUCUAGAUCUAAUAACCUAUAAUCAUGCACCAUUAUUAGUCAUAUGACUGUUGCAAGUCAUUUUGAAUGUUGUGUGGUGUAAAGAGAAGAUAAUUCAAAUUGGGGAGCAGUCUUGGAACAUUAUUUUAUAACCAGUCUAAUGAUUACUCGCCAAACUUUGGUCAGUUAUUUUGGAACGAGGACUCGUUUUAUUUUAAGGUACCUGGGUAAUGAACACAGAAGAUGAAAUACGUGAAGCAGAUAUGGACUACUACAAGGAGAGAAAUGGGUUCGAGGGGGCUCGUUCUUGGAACUCGUGGGUUGCACUUGACUACGACUAAAUGCAGUUCUGCUCUUCAGUAAAGUGAAACCAGUGUUUCUUUAUGUCAUUGACUGAUAGAAUGGACUGCUGAUCAUCCAAGAGACAGACCUUUAUCCUACAGUCCCAAAUACAAAGUGUGACCUGUUCCAUAUUGUAAAUCAUCAGGAAAUGAAUAUUAUUUGUGAAAACAUUAGUAUUUGGUGCUGUAGGUGUGUUGAAAGAAAAAACCUGGCCAAUGUGUAAAAAUUAGCUGUUCUGCGGACAAUAUAUAUCAGGCUCUUGUGAUAUAUGUUAUUUUCUACCACUUGUGCUGAACUUUGAUAUCAGCAGUCAUGGAAACUGUAUGUGCAUCUUAGAUGUGUGGUUCCAAUGUCAAAAUAAUUUUCUUGCCUGCUCGAUUCAGAAGAACUUUGAUAGAUAGCGUUCCAGUAUUUUGUUAAUAAAAAUUACAAAUUGUUGAUAUUGUUAACAAGCUUUUGUUAAAUUAAAAUGCAGGCAACAAAA